AUUCUCAAAUAAUUUCCCCGUUAGAAGCCAGCAUUCCUUAUCUUCUUCUUCACUGCUCCUUAUCUUCUUCACUGCUCCUUCCUAAGUGUUGAACAUAAUUAUACAUAUACAGAGGGAUCUGAAUUUAUCUUCUUCAAUUCUUUUGGUGUGCCAAGGUAGCUUCCUAAAGUUGAAGAAGCAAUGGCGUUUACUAUGAAACAAAUGUCUCUGAUAGUAUCAACCUUUGGUAUUCUGUCCUUCAUAGCUGGAGUUAUUGCUGAAAACAAGAAGCCUGCAUCAGGAACUGUUAUAACUGGGAAGGGCGUUGUUAUUUGCAAAUAUCCGUCCGAUCCCACUGUAGUUUUGGGGUACUUGUCCGUUGUGUUCCUUGCUCUGUGUACUGCAUUUGGUUAUUUAUCUUUGUUUUACCCAUACAAAGGAAAGUCGGUUCCACAGGCAGCUUUAUUCCGAAGCACUGGCUUCAUUGUCUUCUUCAAUAUUGCCUUGGGCUUGACUGGAUUAGCUGCAGCAAUGUUGUUAUGGCCUACAAUCACAGAGCAACUCCACCAUGCUCGGAAUAUUCACCACAAUCUAGAAACUCAAUGCCCUACGGCUAAGACAGGACUUCUAGGUGGGGGUGCCUUUCUAUCGCUUGAUUCUGCCCUUUUCUGGUUGGUUUCCCUGAUGUUGGCUGAUAAUGCCCGAGAGGAUUAUUUUGAAGAAUCGGGCGAUAAAGAUGCAUCCAAUGAAACCAUAAAGGGCAGUGUUUGAGUAGUCUUCUACUAUAACUUGCAUGCUUUAGCUUGUGGGUUUUACAUUUGUAUAUGGCUAUGAACAAUAAAUCUACUAUUAGCUUCUCUAUAUGGUUCUAGUUCCAUUAAUGGAAAUACUAGUUUUAUUUUCUC